AUGGAUAAUUUCCAGAAAUUUUCCGAACCAUCUCUUCCACCACAAAAAGAAUUUUACAGUAGUUUAACGGACGAAGAUAUCACCAACGAAGAUUACAACCAUGCACAAAAAGUAUGGAAGUCGUUCGAUAUGAAAACCAUGCGUGAUUAUCACGAUCUUUAUCUAAAAGUGGACGUGUUAUUAUUGGCAGACAUCAUGGAAAGAUUCCGCGAGAUCUGUAUGGAGAAUUACAGGUUGGAUCCUGCAUGGUAUUAUACGUCGCCCGGAUUGGCAUGGGAUGCAUGUUUGAAAGUCAUAUGCACGUGAUUUAUACCGAACGUUUAGUAAAAACAGCACUUUCGACCAAUGACGACAAACGGUAUAUUUUAGACGAUAAAAUUCAUACGUUGGCGUUAGGUCACAAAGACAUUCCCGAAGCCGAUCGUACAUUAUCCAGGAUCAACUUGGAAUACAAUGGAUCCUGUGAAUUUACUUCUGACUUGGAAUUAAAAGGAUCCUGUGAAUUUACUUCUGACCUGGAAGAACCUGAAAAAGUAUCUGUCGAAGAAAAAGGGAUGGAACUUUACAUUCCCCCUGCUAUCGCGGAAGCAGAGGGAGUAAUAGGUCUUGCCCGCGAUAGGAUUGUACAGAAAGCAUCGGAAGGAAACUGUUGUAUAUCCUAG